UUGCCACUAUUUAAAAUGGCGGAAGUUAACAAAUUUGCCUCACUCGGCAGUAUCCAGCAUGACCCGAGUAAGACAUCUAGCGCCUUCGGCGCUUCUAUAUCAUUGCUCAGGCUCCAGAUUUCUGCAGGAGAGGCAGAUUGAAAUCACAAAUCACAGAACGGAGUUGGGAGGGAUGAAUAGGAAGUAAAUCGUCAACAUGGUAUAAUAAACAUGGUCAAAGACGGAAAUCAAGGGAUGUGUCAAUUUUUCAUUAAUAAUUUUACACUCCUUCUUUUAGGUUGUAGCUUGAAAGCUUCAACCUAUAUCAAGGCAGAAGGAUCUUCGCAAACCAUUGUCAAAGUUUCGCAAUAUGGCAGGGACGUGCCUAAUUGCUGGAAUAACAAUUCUGUACCAUGUGGUAGCCUUCUGUUUGCAAUGAAGAAGCCAUCGCUGAACUUCACAACAGUUAUAUUGUCGUCCGGUGUGCAUACGUUGAAUGAAACAAUUUCCGUUAAGUAUACCAAGGGUUUAGUUUUGAAAGGGAGUUUAAUUCAAGAAACCUCAACUGUCCGUUGCGAAGGAAACAACUCAGGUUUGUCGUUUGAAAAUUGUCAUCACUUGACGGUCAGCGGACUACAGCUUGACAACUGUGGAGCAGAACACCCUUCUACAUCACGUAUAAAUGGGACGACACUUCCUUUGUUUACGAGCAUUUUCCUAAAAAACUGUUUUGUCGUCACACUAAGUGGUAUGGAGAUAAGUAACUCUUGGGGUAUGGGUGCAGUUUUUUACGAUGUAUGUGGCAAAGUUUCAUUAACUGAUUUUAAUGUGGAUAAUUCAAAAUCACACCAGGGUUCCAUUAUCAAGGGAACUUCUUCUGGCGGAGGCCUGUACAUCGAAUUCACAAAUGACAAAAAUAGAUUGACAAGUAUAUUUAAUACAAAUUGUAUUUAUACCUUGAGCAGUUGUGCUUUCAAACACAACACAGCGGAACGUUUUUACAGCUAUCCGUCCCCAGAAAAUGACACAAACACUUAUGUUUCAUUUGGAAGAGGAGGGGCAGUUUCCCUAAUGUCUAAAGGAACUGCUAUCAAUAAUAGCUUUUUGUUCAAACAUUGUCACUUUGAGAACAACACUGCUUUAUGGGGUGCUGGAAUAUUUACAGAAUUUCAUUCAAGGUCUGGGAACAAUUCAGUAAAGGUUGAAGAUUCAUCAUUUGUAAGCAACAAAGCCACUUAUGGUGGAGGGGGCAUUCGUGUUGGAUUGGCAUCUGAUCAUUCUUUUGGAGUAAAUUUGGUGAGGUUAAAGAAUUGUACAUUUAGAGAUAAUUCAGGUGAAAUUGGUGGUGCAUUCAGCCAAUACAGGGAGACAAAAGCAGCAAUAACCAAGGAAGUGACUAUCUUUGACAACUGCACAUUUGCAAAAAACAGAGCUUUUCUAGGAGCAGGAAUUCAUAUGUCAGUUAGUCAAUUUGAGUUGCAUAGAUCAGUGCUAUCUGAUAAUUUUGUAAUCAAUCAUCUUGAAGAAACAUCUGGUAAAGGUGCACUUUAUCUAUUUUCAAGUGUUGGGAUAUUAAAACAUUUCAAUGAGUUUGUCAAUAACAGUUGGACAGCUUUGGUUUUGGAAUUCUCGUCUGUAGAACUAUUUGAUAAGGUUAAGUUUAUUAGAAAUGUUGGUAUUAAAGGUGGUGCCAUUGCUGCAUAUGGUGACUCAUUUAUUAAACUAAGAGAGAAAUCACACAUUGUCUUCUACGAAAAUACAGCACUAAGAUUGGGUGGGGCUUUGUAUGUUAAAACACCAGGACCCCCUAUGGCCCCUAUGGACUCAACAGAAUUUCUGGUCUAUAAAUGUGCAGUUUUAUUUGGUGAUGAGGAACAGCAUCCACAGACCUUUGAUACACAAAUUGAGUUUAUCAACAACACUGCAUCAACAGCUUCAGGAAGUGCAGUAUUUAUGUCAACAUUGAAUUGGUGUCGCCAGUAUGGGGAGCCAAAGUACAAUAAUACAGCUAUGCAGUGGAGGAAUUUCUAUUACAUGUCUAAAGAUUUAGAGCCUCCAAUCAUGACAAAUCCAGUUGUGAUGGAAGUGCAUGAAAGUGACUGGGAUAGGCCACCUGCCAUGGGGUUUAAACCUCGUGUUGUUCUGAGGGAUGAACUCUGGAAUUCUACCUCUGGUACAGUAAAGGUGAUGAUUUCCUCAUUUGACCCCUCAGUAAAAUUAGCUGGAUCUAACGUUUUUGCCAUAAAGGAUGAACUUCCUAGAAUUUCAAUUUAUGGUCGUGAACAAUCUCUAUUCAAUGUGACAAUUGAGACUGUGGUUGGUGUAUCAAUCAGAACUAAGAUUGUAAACAGGAAACUGAGUAUAUGCCAACGUGGCUACUUUCAAAGUCCAGGAGAUUCAAUUUGCAAAUGUCUUUCCACCCAAGGCCUUGAAAAGGGAGUUAUGCAUUGCCAGGCAGAAAAAGUUUUCACGUUACGUGGAAGAUGGGGGAAUCCAAAGGGACCAAAUGAAAACUUUGCAAAACAUCAUUGUCCUAGAAGCUACUGUGAGAAAUGCAAAGAUGCAACUGGCAAAGCUUCUGAUGUUGAAUGUAUUUAUGAUAAACACAAACAAUGUGCAAAAAAUAGAAAGUGGGAUUCUGUUCUUUGUGGUAGUUGCAAGGAAGGAUACAGUGUUCUCCUUGGAAAUGAGGACUGUGAAAAGUGCUCAAAUUACUACCUGUUUUUGUUACUGUUGUGGAUUUUUCUCUUGACAGUUUUUGUUUUGGUGAUUAUGCGUUUGAACUUAGAGUCAUACUUCACCUACUUGAAUGCCUAUCUCUACUCAUAUCAAGUGCUGCCAUUGGUUUUGGUGGGAAAUCUCAAGUUGGAUAAGUUCAUUUCUUUUGUAAUGGGACUGACAAACUUUUCAGGAACGGGAGGUAACUUUGGUAUUUGUCUCUGGAAUGGCCUGACAGAUUUACAGAAGCUGGCACUCAACUACAUCACACCAACAUAUAUACUUGCAUUCACAGGGUUCAUUUGUUAUCUGACAUUGCACUGGAGAAAAUGCCCUUUCAAGAACAACUCAGCUCUCAGGGCUUUGGCAUUGUUAAGCAUUUUCGUGUAUGCUGAUUUCACGCGAAUUACCUUUGAGCUUUUACAUUACAUUGAGGUUGAUGGUGUAGCUGUUUUGUAUCUACAAGGUGAUGUCAAGUUUUUUGGAAAGGAACACGCAUUCUAUGCUUUUUUGGCGUUAGUGGUGUUAGUUGUUGUGGUGCUGCUUCUUCCCCUAGGGUUGAUUUUCUUCCCAUUAUUAACUAAAUGUUGGGUGAAAUCACAAGGGAUCAUUGAUUCAUUUCAAGAGCCAUUCAAGAAAGGAUAUGAACGAUUUGCUUCUUUCUACUUAAUAUGCAGGUGCAUUGUUUUUGCAAUUUUCGUCUUCUCUGACGCUGGUGUGGUCAGAGAUACCUUGUUGGCCAUUGCCUGUCAAGCUAUCCUCAUUAUUUUUCUCAUUGUGAAGCCAUACAAAGAAAAGAAUAUGAAUUAUUUUGAUACUUUGCUUCUUGGAAAUAUCUCCUUCGUGGCUACAAUCAAUGUGGCAUUAAAUGUUAUCACAGAGAGGAAGAACAGAGUGGGUCUUCAAAUAAUUUCAGCUGUGCUUACAUAUUUGCCUUUCAUCUGCAUCUUUGUUCAGUUUUUGCGAUGGCUCUACAUUGUUAUAUGCAGAUCAACUCAAGACAAUGCAAAUGGCCAAAAUAACAAGAACAACGGCAGAGAAUUCCGUAAUCCACAGCGUGUAUAUGAAGAUGAAGAAGGAAGCGGGCAGCGUGUGUUAUCAGAAAUUGCAGAAACUUAUAGAGGCAAUUCAACAAGGGCAAGAUGAUCAGUUGGUGUAGUCAAACUUUUCCAACAUCUCCUUGCAACCUUCGUCUUGUUUCUUUGAUAUUAUUUAAGAAUGAACUGAUUGGGCCUGGAGUGACCAUUGCUCUCUCCGUCGGGAAGCACAUCGAAAUUACAACUGGAAAAUCAUCAAUUUGCUAUCUGAUAUCUCAUUCAAGAAUCUUUACACCAUACAUAAUACCAAAGUCAAGUAAGAAAAAUGUGAUGAAGUCGUUUUUUAUAGAUUUUGCUUCAUUUGGCUGUAUGUUGCAAAUUAGAUCAAAAUUAUUCCAAAAUCUCCUUCUAUAAUGUAAACUGGCUCCGUUUGACGUUUUUUUUUUGCUGUUGAUAUUUUUGAACGUAAAAUGUAUCUUACUUCGGUGUUGGAAAGUGUGUUUUUUGCAUACACUGUAAGCGCUGGAAAGUCGCAUUGCUUCGUUUUGAAAGGCUAUAGGGGUGAACACUAGUUCAGGAUGGUGAAAGAUACGAGUGUCUUGACUGAUUAAAGAAUUGCCUUAAUCAAAUGAGACAUAUUCUUCUUCCUUUUUUUGUAUUUUGAGCAUUGAAAAUAUGUAUUCUGAUAUUAAGAUUUCUGUGAGUUUUGUGAAUGUAAGAAUAUUGAUUCCGUAUAUUUAUAUUUAAUGUUUUGA